CAGUCGACGCAGGAACCCAUGAUAGCAUUGAGUCCGGAUAUACCAUCUUUCGUUUCAGCCUUCCAGUGGGAAAAUAUUAGAUACCUGGGGCUACAUUCCUUGGAUACCAUGGAGGGCUGUUUGAAUUCUGGCGGUUAGUCAAUAAGUCUCGUCUAUUCGAAAAGUUGGUUCUUUAAGGAUGGAGACGUGGGAACGUUCGUGUAGGGCUUCGACGCUGUCAUGGUGGUUCACCUGCGGCAGGAGAGGACAAAGUUGGUUGUCUUGGUGACUCUGCUCAAAGGUCUGGCAACAGUCGACGAGAAGGCAUCGUGGAAGAACUUCUCUGAGCAGUAUAUCUAGUAGUUUGAUAACCCGACAGACGGACAAGAAGCACUGCGGAAAUUUAGGAGCCUGAGAUUCGGUUCAGAUGAAGAUCCACUGAUCAAAACGGUAAGACUGUUGAGUAUUUUGCGGUGUGGCUGUCUACUUUGGACAUUGAUUCACAAUGAUGGUUGCUAGCAUCUCAGCUUGUUCCUAUCAUUGUCGUCCAACAGCUUUUGGUUAGUAAUUACAGCUCAUCUGGUGAAUGUCAAUAAACUGCCGUAUGUCGCAAUACGUUACACUGUGCGCUACUUGAAUCUUAUAUGUAUCAUAUGCUACAGUAAGGUAUCGUUUGUGGAAAUUUCAAUUGUAGGGAAGUCCCUGAUUGUGUGGGGCUGCAUUCUGGAGAAAACCCAACCCCAAGGUUAGCUCUGAAAUGAAUUCUCAUGCUUCUCUACCCCCACGGGCUUUUCACUCUCUUUGGGCCCCUACCCACUUAUGAAGUUAGGGCAAAGCAGUGAUGCCGGAGACAAACCUAAACAACACAUUGCCUCGCAGUCAAAUAACUGCAGUCUUCGGUGCUGGGCUACUCCCUAUUCACUUGCAGUUAGAAGGGGUUGGUGAUAUAUAAAUGUAUAAUUAUUAUUGACAUACAGACAAAAUAGAUUCCGUUAAUACACUGUGGGCCAUUAAGUCACUUUCCCACGUUAACAAUAACAAUAAUACACAGUAGCCCACCCUUCAAAUUUAAAUCUAAGUAAAUGAGUAGUAUUUCCACUUUUUUUCAGCCUAAAAUUAUGGCUCAAGCAUCUCAACAGAUUCAAUCUGCCACUGAAAAGUUGAUUGAAUCUCAACUAAUUAAAACAGCACAAGUAUUGGAAGAGACUUUGGAUGAACAAAUCAAUCGUUUGGAUAAUUUAAAUGAAGACGACUUAGAAGUAAUAAGACAACGUCGGAUUCAACAAAUGAAAGAAGAAUCAAAACAGCGUUCUGAAUGGUUGGCUGCCGGACAUGGUGUUUAUUCCGAACUAGCAAAUGAAAAAGAUUUUUUCGCUGCAUGCAAAACAUCAACAUUCGGUCUUGUUUGCCAUUUUUAUCGAGAGUCAACAUUUCGAUGUAAAAUUGUUGAUAAACACCUGGCUAUAUUAGCACCAAAGCAUAUUGAAUGUAGAAUGGUUAAGAUGGAUGCAGAGAAAUCACCCUUUUUAACAAAACGUUUAAAUGUACGAGUUAUACCAACAAUGAUACUUGUUAAAAAUGAACAGAUAUGUGAUCGUAUAAUCGGUUUUGAUGAACUUGGUGGUCAUGAUGAAUUUUCUACUGCUAUGCUGGAGUGGCGUUUAGCUGUUGGUAAAGUAAUUAAAUACACUGGUGAUUUAUCGCUCCCUCCUGAUGCGAGUAAAUUGACACCCGGUCUUUCGUCCAGCUCUAUUACAAAACGACGCGAAAAUAAAUCGGUGCGCAGUAAGUGUAUUGGGGAUGACGAUGACAGUGAUUAGUGAAGUAGUGUUGUUACUCUUUCUUUGUGUGUUUAUGUAUUUAAUUAAGAAAGAUGAAGAAUAUAUUGUUUGGAGGGAGUUGGGAAUGAUGUUCUCAUAUCCACAUAAGUUAACUUUUCUUUUGAACCUCAGGUUUAUUUUUCUUUUUUUAAAGGAAUUUUAAAUUGUAAUAAAGUAAUAUAGAUUGUGCUUUAUACAUGUAUGUAUUAAAACUACAUAUUUGUAUGUUUUGACUUUACUUCAUUUCCUUCAUUUUAUUCCCACAGUAUAAACAAUAAAGUAUGAGGUAACUGUGUGAUCAUUUGGUCUUUUUCUUCUAAUUUUUCAAGUGUAAUUACUAAGUGACUUU